AUGGCCGGACCAUAUUUAUCGCCAUUGCCAGGAGAUUUGCUGACCGAAUAUAUGUUUGGGAGACGACGUCAGAGAAGAAAUAGGACAACUUUCACGCCUCAACAGUUGAGUGAACUGGAAUCGCUGUUCCAAAAGACCCAUUACCCAGAUGUGUUCCUUAGAGAAGAAGUGGCAUUGAGGAUCAGUCUUUCUGAAGCAAGAGUACAAGUUAGUACUACAGUUGGUACAUUAUCUGACAGAAUAUCCGUCGAGUGUUUCAACGGGCACGCCAAACCACCAGAUUCAUCGCCAGAAGCACCAGAAUCACCUUCGGAGAAGGACUCACCUGAACCACCAUUAGACAACAGGGAACUGAAGUCUCCACGUCAGGAUCCAUAUAUGCACAAUCCAAACCUACAGGAAUCCUUAACGCCUGUAUCCCCUGCAAUACACGAUAUGCCACCUCAAAUGUACGGGAAUGAAGACGGUAGGAUCCUCCAACAGCCAUUUCCAUUCCCACCAAUGAUAAUGAACCAACAAAUAGAAAGCACAGAUAUAGUUCCAACAGAUUUGAGAGUCAUACCAAAGAACUGCCCUUGUACUACUACCAUUCACAAUAUUGAAGAGCCACAGAAUUUAGCCUAUCGGUCGAGGAGAGAAAAAGACAACGACAGUGAGAGCGACACUGAAAUAGAUUUGACAUCACAUUCGUCGAAAGACGAUGAUCUUAGAGAGUCCGAGCGAUUGGCCAACAGGAUAGCCACAAACAUUUUUCGAAGUGACACAGUUUUGCACGACUUGGUGCCCAACGAUUUAAGUCUUGGCUCUAUAAAGAAUACCAAUUAG